CUGUUUAUUGCCCGGCCUCUCGGUGAUUAUUCCUUACUUGUUUAGAACCAGUUGCUAUGGAAACGUGACGUUACACUUUAAUAUAUUGCCGGAGCAUGGCUGACGCCGACCGCUACGCUCGAUCUAUCUCACCACGGAGCAACAGGUGGAUACAGUCUGUGCUUGCGCUUUGAUUAGUGGAGUCUGUGGAUGACAUCUAAUCAGUUGGUCGCUGACAUUAAUUGAGCAAGUUUGGAUUCUGGUCAAACCUUAUGGCCGGUUCAGACUACACGAUUCUCAGACAUUCCUCCACGAUUUACCAUGUCACACUAUACGAUCGCAGAGUCAGGAAAUCGGGGCUUGUCUCGUAGUAAGACUGGCCACACUACAAGAUUCUCAGACAUUCCUCCACGAUUUAACAUGUCACACUAUACGAUCUCAGAGCCAGGAAAUCGGGGCUUGUCUCGUAGUAAGACACAACAAGAUUCGACGGUGCGAUGCUCUCUACUUUGUAUCAUUCACGUUUGCACGUUUGUUUAUAUCUGCUCAAUGCGGCAAUUCCUCACAGUUGUUGCGUUGCGCGUGACAUGAACGAUACAAAGUAGACGCAGCAACAACGUCCCGAAUACCUAGGCACUAGGCAUUAUGCUGGCGGUCCUCUGCAGAGACGAAAAAGAAGAAAAGAUUGUGGACUCGUUCUUGGGUUGCAAGAAGAGGAGAGCUCGGGAUGUCGGUGCUACUUACCGAACUGGAGGAGACUGAUAGGAAAGGGUUCCGUGAGUUCCUGAGGAUGAGCGUAGAGGACUUUCAACUCCUUCUGGGGAAAGUUGAGCCUCUCAUCAGAAAGACGGACACAAAAAUGAGAAGGGCCAUCAGUGCCCGACAGAGAUUGUCUGUAACCCUCAGAUUCCUAGCAACUGGUAGGCCUAAAUGGAAUGAUUUUGAACAGAAUGAUGUAUUAUUAAAUCUUAUUAUUUACACACAUAACCUGUUUGCCUUCUUAGGUGAGUCUUUCAGGUCACUGAGCUUCCAGUACAGGAUUGGCAGGUCUACUGUUGGCUUGAUUGUAAUGGAGACCUGCGAAGCAUUGUACAAUGUUCUGAAGGAAGAUCACAUGAAGACACCAACAACUGAGUCAGAGUGGCGAGAGAUAGCGAGCGGAUUCGAAGACAAAUGCCAAUUUCCUCAUUGCUUAGGUGCAAUUGAUGGGAAACACAUCUAUAUUCAGCCCCCUGCUAAUUCAGGAAGUUCGUUUUAUAAUUACAAAGGCAGGUUCUCAAUUGUGCUCAUGGCAGUUGUAGAUGCCAACUACAAAUUCAUCUAUGCAAGUGUUGGCACUCAGGGCCGAAUGUCGGACGCAAGUCUGUUUGGACACUCAGAUCUCCGCAGUGCCAUGGACAGAGACGUGUUACAUUUUCCUCGCCCUGAGCCACUUCCCAAUACAGAUUUAAUCAUGCCCUAUAUGUUUGUCGGUGAUGAAGCCUUCCCUCUCCGUUCUGACCUUAUCAAGCCCUAUCCCCACAGAAACCUAGAUCAUGGACAGCGAAUUUUCAAUUACAGAUUAUCUAGAGCAAGGCGAACUGUGGAAAAUGCAUUUGGCAUAUUGGCAAAUAGAUUACGUGUGUUCCUAACAAAUAUUUCUAUUGAACCAGAUAAGGUUACGUGCAUCACCCUUGCUGCCCUUGCCCUCCACAAUUUCCUGAGGGAAAAAUCCUCAGAGGCCUACGUGCCUCCAGUCUUUGUGGACACAGAGGACGAGAACCACAGAGUCAUUGCGGGAACAUGGCGAAGAGGUGGAGAUCUUGACUCUGUGGCAUUGAGCAGGGCGCGGAAUGCCACAACCACUGCUAAAGACCAGCGUGACCUGCUGAAGGCAUAUUUUCAAUCCUCUGAAGGAUCCGUUGAUUGGCAGGAGGAUAUGAUUUGAACAUUUUAUGUAUUGAUAUUUAUUUAUUAUCAAUUGGUUUAUACUAUUUAUAAUAUAUUUAUUUAUUUACGCUAUUAUACUACUAUUUAUUAGUUAGUUAAGCCAGUGUUGUUAGUUAGACAGUAAACCAAUAUUUACAGAGUAUUUAUUAUCAUCUUGUUUAUAAUAUUUAUUAUAUACUAUACUUAUUUAUGCUAUUACUACUACUAUACUACUAUUUAUUAGUUACAACAGUGUUAUGUUAGACAGAAAAUCAACAUUUAACAAAUAUUUAUUAUCAUUUUCUUUAUACUAUUUAUUAUAUACUAUCUAUUUAUACUACUACUACUACUAUACUAUUAUUUAUCAGUUCGUUAUAACAGUGUUAUGAUAGUUAGACAGUAAACCAAUGGGAUGCAACACGAUAAAUAAAGGAACGAACAAUUUACCUAAUAUUUAACAAAUGCAAUAAAUAAAUUAAAAUAACAAUUGGCGAGUUCUAUAAUGUCUCUUUGAUACUAGUCAUAAUUGUAGCCCAUAGUAUUGUGCUGUGGAGGCAUGUUGUGGGUGAAGUGGUGGGUUUGCAGAGGUGUGUGGCCUGUGCUCUGCUCUGGCCAAGAAGUUUGAGCAGGGUUAGCUGUUCUCUGCUCAUUCUCCUGGGCAUCAUAGAGCAUUAACAUUAUGUUUCGGCGUAGUCUCAAGCGUGUAGUUCUGUCCUGCACCUGUUUAAGCUCACAAGCCACCUGCUUCCCAAAAAUGUCCUCAGCAUCUUGGCCUGCGGCAAGCAAAGUUGUUGAGACAUUCCGAAGAAUGCCCACCUUCUCCUUCUCCAUCUCCA